AUGGGCGGGUGUCCUCUGGUCCAGCUCGGAGGGCCGGUCAGUAUAUCCAACUCCUGCAUCAACGGAACUGCCGAGUCUCCCGUCGCCUACCUCUUCAUGGUCAUCAGCCUUCAGGAACUGUGGCAGCUUUUGGAGAAUGCUUCUUGUAACCACAAGCAAUGGAAUCCAGCCGUGUGGACGGUCGUAAUGUUUUGCGAAACCACCGAGCCCAGCGAAGAGACUCAACUAGCCAUUGAUGUUUUCACAUUGUUGUGGCAGUAUACGGUCUAUAACUCUGCUUUGUUAAUCAAUAACAGCUACUCCGUUUAUAGAGCGGACCCCUUCGGCGAAGAAAAUAAAUGUGGGAAAGAGGUGCAUUCUGUCCAUGUUUCCAACUGCAGCUAUUUUCCUUACUAUCAUAGGGUAAAGUUCCCUGAGUGCAACUUUCACGUCUCUGCCAGAGAAAGUUUCCCCUUUAGUUUCUUGAGAGAGGGAAAAUACAUCGGCUCUGAUGUAAAUCUUGCUUCACUGAUAGCUUCCACUAGCGGCCUCAGCAUCACCUGGUCGUCAAGACCCAGUCCUCAGACAUCGACAAGUGGCCAAGAGGCUCACGCAUACUAUGAAAAUGUAUCUCGUAACGAGAUCGACCUCGCGAUAGGAGGUUUUACGAUGAACCCACCCCAAAUUUGCGAGAUCAAAUCUGUUGAUGACAUUAUAAAGAAAAACAUCACAGUGAUGAUAUCGGGAACGAAUGACCUAAUCACAAGAAAGGUUCAGACUGUCCUUGUAAGAAAAGCUUUAGCAAAUACCGUAUCUAGCCCAGGGCUGGAAGAAAGCGCACAAUUGUUAGAUCAAAGAAAGGACUUUGCUUUACUAGAACGUGAUCUGGCGAUGACGUUCCUCAUCAAUAAGAAAGGCUACAGAGUACACAGCAUACCGUACACGGUCACCACACUGCCGAUAGGGCUUGUCUUCUCCAAAGGGAGUGUUUUCAGGAAGCGGAUUCGGGCAGUAACCGUCAGGUGCGUUGAGUCUGGUCUCUGCGACAAGUGGAUCAGAGAUAUUUUAGGCAAAAUAGGAACUUCCGAGAACAGUUUAAAAGGUUGCAAACGAGUUGCAGACGGUCCUGAAGACAUCGGCUAUUCAUCACGACGUUUUUCCUAUUCAGCUAGAGCCAGCGAGGAGAGAAUACACGUGUCAGCUGAGACCCUUUGA